UGUUUCCAUUCCAUUCGGAAUAGUAUUCGCUGCGCUGGGUACGCGCACGGUUCGAGUGUCUGAGGGCGUCCGGUUCAUGGGAAAGUAAUGGCUGAGCCGUUCGUUUGAAAUCGUUUGGAAGUGUUAACCCUUUUUACCUGUAUGAGGUACAUUCUGGGUGGUUGAGUUUGUGUUUUGUGUUUGGUAUUAUUGAUGAGUUUGGUUUGAGAUUGUUAUUGUAGUUUUGGGGUGAUCAGUAGUAAGUGAUAAUUAAUGAUCGAUGGUAAUAAUAUGAAUAAUUGAUAUUGAAGGAUUUUUUGGUUCGAAUUGCAGUGUUAAUUUUGAAUUCUGUUUAGCUGGGAUGUAGUGUUAGGUGUAUAUGUAUAUGGAUUUUAUGGUUGUAAAGAAUUUUAAUGGUCGUGUGAGUUUGGAGAAGGAAGGCAUGCAUAUUGAUUGAGGCCAUUGCUUUUACGUGCAGUUGGUAGAUUUUGCUCGGGGUCGGAUCCAAGAGGGAGGAGAUAGCGAAGGGAUUGGUAGGACACGCGACGGAUAAGGAACCGAUAAGGCGUGGGAAAUUCAAGAUGGCGGGCACCAAAGCAGUCGAGGACCCAAAAAAGGAGGCCACGGACCAAAACUAUGACUACAUGUUCAAGUUGUUGAUCAUCGGCAACUCGUCCGUGGGGAAAACCUCGUUCCUCUUCCGUUACGCGGACGAUUCCUUCACUUCGGCCUUCGUAUCGACCGUGGGGAUCGAUUUUAAAGUGAAAACCGUCUUCAGGAACGACAAAAGGGUGAAGCUACAGAUCUGGGACACGGCGGGUCAGGAGAGAUACAGAACGAUAACAACGGCCUACUACAGGGGCGCGAUGGGUUUCAUUUUAAUGUACGACAUCACGAACGAAGAGUCAUUCAAUUCGGUGCAAGACUGGAUCACGCAGAUCAAGACUUACUCGUCCGACAACGCCCAAGUGAUCCUGGUCGGCAACAAGUGCGACAUGGCCGAGGAGAGGGUGAUCAGCGAGAAGAGGGGCAUACAAUUGGCGGAACAAUUGGAGGUGCAGUUCUUCGAGACAUCCGCCAAAGAGAACAUUAACAUUAAGGCGGUGUUCGAGCAGCUGGUGGACAUCAUAUGCGACAAGAUGAGCGAGUCCUUGGACAUCGACCCGAGCCUGAUCGCCGGCGGCGGGGGCCAAAUGAUGGGCCACACGCUCACCGACCAGCCGACCAAUCCAGUGAACACCAACUGUAAUUGCUAAAAGAACGCGGGAUGCCCCACUUAAACUCUCUACAAGACGGAUAAACACGGGAAAGGAACAACAGGAGGGAUAUACCUUAGAGGAUGGGACGCGUGUAUGCCUGUACAUGUGUGCGUGAUACGUGGCGCGUGGGUAUUUGCCUGGUCGUGUGUGUACGCGGAGAGUGUGUGCGUGGGAAAGAGAAAGGGAGAAAGGGAGAGGGUGAGAAAGAGCGAAGGGGAGGAGGGUCGAGUGACAAAAACGCUGGCUCUAGUUCACACAACCCUGUUCGUCGUUCCUUUAACAAACCCCUUUGGUUUCCGGCCGUUCUUCGUUCCGCUCUUUUUUCUUUCCUCCUUUCUCGAUCAAUAUAUAUUUAUAUAUAUGUGCACAUAAAUACGUAUAUAUGUACAGGGUGGAUCGCGACGCGUCGAUUAGACUGCUUGUCUUCCUCCUCAGUCGAGCUAUGCGGUGUGCCGUAGCGUAUCCAAGGGGCCGUUGAUCGAGAUUAUUAACGAAUCGCGAUGACACGAUCUAGAAACGAACAGAAAUCCGACAGAGAAACAACGCCCUCGAUAUUCUAUCAUAGCUUCAUCGUGGAAUAAGAAUUCCAAGAUGGCGUCCAAGCCGACCAGUUGGGACGCUAGUGCACAACGUGUAUACCACACCGUCUUUUCUAAUUCUUUCAGCGGAUGAUUUCCCGUUGUUGCCAUCGGUUAAUGUGUACCGCACGGUACAACAUUCGGUGCACCUGUGAACGUACCUUAAACGAAAGAACAAAACCGCUUUGCACCAAGCCAAGUCUAACAGGAUCGAUUCGCUGAGGUUGAACACGGCACGGCUGAUUGAGAGAUUAGCCGGUCCACCUUGUAUGCAUAUAGAAACAUGUAUGACGGUUGUAGCCUGAUUGCGCGGAGGUGCCAUCGAGCUGAUCCGAGCCCGAUCGCGAGCAGACGUCGUUCUUUCUUUCGGGUUCGAAAGGGUUUGUCCGAGGUAAGGGAACCGGGGUAUCGACGAUAGCGGCGGAGAGAAACGCGAAGCUCUAAAUGUAUAAUGGGGGAAAAAACUUACCGGAGAGUUUGAAUUCGGCGAGAUUCAGACCGCCGCCUAUCGCCGCAACCGACGGUCGGCAAUGCAGAGUCUCUCAUAUCAGUGAAGUUUCUUUCGAAUCCCGAGGACGGUCGGACAAUAAUAGAGGGAACGAUUUUUCUACAACACGCGGAAGACGAAGGGUGUAAACUGGCGCGAGAGAAAUUCGUUCGGAAUGUAUUUUCGGUGGCGGAAGGAUCGAAGGACAGCAAUAAUGUUCCUCGCGGGGAUUGUUUCGGCGAGUCAGCGCGUUCCCUAGAAGCUUCCUCCGAACCUGACUGGCUCUAGAGAUCUCCCAUGCGGUUCUCUCGCUUCUUUUCUGGGUUGGCGCAGAUUAGGAACUCAUUAUCAGUGUACCAGCUUCGAGGGAACGCGACUGGCUCGAUAGUGAUUGUUGCUGACGGUUUCAAGCGCACCUCGACUCGUAACCGAGUGCAUUCGACGCGCCGAGCCGCGUGCAGCUUCAUGGAGAAAUAUUUGAGAAUGUUGCCAGCAGUUGUAACAGGAUUGGAGUAUAUUCCUUCGAAGCUCGUACGCGGCUUCAGCGCGUCCCUAAAGCGUUCAAGCGUGCAAUUCAUGUGACAAAUAAAUGUUAUGCGUUCAAUUGCAGCUCUGGCAACAAAGAAAGAAAUAUAUAUCUGUGUUGUAUUUAACGAAACGUCGUACACGUUGAACAUUAUUCUUGGUUAUGUACAUACGUUCUUUUCUCUUCUUAUUUCUCACCUGACUGCGAGGGAAAGGAUUCACAGGAAUUCGAGACCUUUUCAGGAUUACUAAACGGUUCGACGAGGACCGUGUGCGACGAAGCGCGCGGAAACUUCGUCGGACACCGUGAAAUCGCCACGGGACAAAGAUCGAUGGUGUUUGGAACGUUGGGGAUUCCGAUCGACGCCUCGAAGACGAAAGACAAGGAGGGAACCGGAUGUGUAGUUAGCUCGAACCUUGUAGGUGCUUCCUUCGCGUUUGUUACUGAACCACUUGAAAAGAAUUUCCAGUUUUCCCAGCCGCGUAGCUGUACGUUUGUGUCAUUCAUAGGGUGUUCGGAUUAGAUUUCGCCCUAGGUGGCAACACUGUUUCUACCGGUCCUAAGAGAGUCUAGGGUAUUUCUUUGACCGUCUACAGUUUUCCACUGUUUUUCGAGGCUGUCCUCGUUCGAACCUGAAACGUUGGCGACGUCGAGCCGAUGCACAACGUUAAUUUCCGAAGGCUCAAGCUCGGGCACCUGAGAUGUUAAAUAGAAUUGUGUCGCGGCGGCUGAAGCAAGUCGGCCUGGACGAUCGGGGCUUCUUUGGGAUUCCGGGACGAUUGGCAGCGCGUCCGCCUCGUACCGGGGACUUUUUGCUUUUCUUGGACCGGAUCGUUGGGGCAGGUAGAGGUAACGGUUUCUUCUUGAAAUUCGAACGUUUCGUUGAUCGUUAGUUAAGUAAAUGAAAAUUCGGAAAGGGCGGGGAGGUAGAUGUUUUCUCUUGGAACAAUCGGUUUCUAUCGAUGAGAAUGGUAAUAUAAUUGUAAUUGCGUGGGUAAUGUGUACAAAGUGUCAUGUUUGUUCCAACCGGGCGGUGCAACGCAAUUGAAAUUGUAUUAUAAAUUGCGAUUAUGAGUUACUAUUAUAAACUGCACAGCCUACACGAAAUGAUUCUCAUGGGUUUAUAGUAAUAACUUGUAAAUAGAAUUAUACGAUCUAUAUGUUUGAACAAGCGUGUGUAAAGAAAAAUAGUAAAUAAUGUUACAUUCAUUGUUUCCGCAUUCAUUAUAACAUUAGCACUAUUAUUCUUCGAGUCAAUCGAGUUCAAAGAUUAAUGAAUACGUUUAAAUUAUCUUUCAGUAUUCUCUGAAACUUUAGUUCCUAUUUUCUCCUUUCUUUCUUGAACUCGUCGAUUUUUAUAAACCGUUAACCCUUCGUUGAUGAUUUAUAAUUAGAAUAAAUUGUGAGUAGACAAAUUGAUAAAUUAUAAUUAGGGAAAUUGAUAAUUCGUAAUUAGAAAAAUUGAUAAUUUACAAUUAGCAAAAUUGAUAACUUAUAAUUAGAAAGAAAUUGAUAAUUUUUAUAAAUUGAUCAUGGCGAAGAUUAGGAUAUUUGAAAGGACAAAAAAACAUUUUGAACCGUUUGAAAUCGAACGCGGUGGCAUUAUUUCCCGGCUUCUAAGCUCGCGUGACAAUAAGCAAACAAUUCUUGGCGGAUCGAUUCCAAGAAAAGCGAAAUACCGGUAUUUAUACAACUGGAACAGACGGAUCGGCCAUUUUGCGACUGCGGCGCGUCGAUGGCCCCAUUUCGCGAGCGAUCCCGGGAUCGCGGCGAAUUCAACGAUUCGGAUCUCUCGCUGCUUCACUCUUAUUAAUUGGAGAACGAUCAAAGCGAGGCCUUCAUUGACGGGAAAUAUAUUAAUUAAAAGGGCGGGACGGUUGAAAGACAUUUCGAGCCGACCUGGUUUCCAUUCGGUGCGUUUGGCUCUCGACGAACGAAUUCACGUGCGAAUAAUGCCAUACUUAUUUGGCUGCAACAAUAAUGGCCGGAACAAUAUUGCCACGAGUAUUUAUUAAGCAAUUUCAUCGUUCACGCGAUCGAAAAAUUAUUGGAACGAAUAUUCACCUCUCACGACCGAUUGUCUUUGGUUUCUUUGUAUUUCUGUAUGUAUUUUAAACACUGGUAUUAUUUAUUCCACUGAAAUAAUUAUUUUCGUCAGUGUUACUUGAAAUGAGUAACGAUUCAUUUUAUUGUUUAUGUAAUCUAGAUUUUAUAUUAUUGUUUCAUUGAACAAUAAACGUAUAUUGAAUAAAGUGGAACAGAAGGAUACGAAGAUUAAACGAAGGGGACAUUAUCGAAGCUAUUUUUGUCGGUGAAAAGUUAUUGGAACGAAUAUUUAUUCUUACGACCAAUUGCCUUUAGUCUCUUUGCUGUAUUUUAAUUAGAAUUACUUAUUCGACUGAAAUAAUUAUUUUUGUCAGUGUUACAUGAAAUGAGUAACGAUUCAUUUUAUUGUUUGUGUAUUCUGGAUUUUAUAUUAUUGUUUCAUUGAACAAUAAAAGUGUAUUUAAUAAAGUGGAACGAAAGGAUACGAAGAUUAAACGAAAGGGACAUUAUUGAAGCUAUUUUUGUCGAUGAAAAGUUAUUGGAACGAAUAUUUAUUCUUACGACAAAUUGCCUUUAGUUUCUUUGCUGUAUUUUAAUUAGUAUUACCUACUCGAGUGAAAGAAUUAUUUUUACCAAUGUUAUUUGAAAUGAGUAGUGAUUAAUUUUAUUAUUCAUAUAAUUGGAUUUUAUAUUAUUGUUUCAUUGAAGAACAAAAGUGUAUUGAAUAAAUUGGGACAAAAGAAUAUAAACAUUAAACACAAUCGAAAUUAUUGAAUCUGUUUUUACUGAUAAACAAUGAUUAGUGAAUCAGUUAGAAAAUAAAAAUGUGCAUCGGUCUUCAGCGUCAAUUACCACAGAAAACAUGGCGUCCAAUCCGACUGCUUCAGUCCUCGCCUGGCGUUACAAACUUACUAGGCAAGCUGCCCUCUGUACAUACAGCAAUAUGUUUAAAAAAAAUACCUAUUAUAUAUAUAUAUAUUAUAUUAUAUAAAUAUAUAUAUAUGAAGAUAUAUAUAAAGAUAUAUAUAUAUAUAUAUUAUUGAAUCUGUAAUGAAGUGCAAUGUAAGCGUUACUUAUUCGUGUGAACACAG